ACAAAAAUAUUGGAUUUAGGAUGUUGCGCGCUGUACAAAUUGAAGGACAAGGUCACUAAGGCCUAUAGUUGUAUUUCUACAUAAAGAUUCUCUUUUCAGUUUGUAUAAGCGUACAUUGUCAUCUAAAUGAAAUCGCAAUACAUUCAUGUCAUGAUGUACCAUACGUAUUUCAAUGCUUAUCAACUUUCUUUGGCAACUCAUGAUUGAAAUUUCUUCAGAAUAACCUUGUGUGACUUAACUUUUAUAGGAAGCAGGGUUGUUGAAGUUAUUACAUUGAGAUAGUUCGUGUGAGGCCUACUGUUUUUCAGCAUUAAUUCCAACCACGCUCUAACAUCACUGGUCGUUAUUAUUGUGUAAUUGGUAUUUUUGUACUACUUUGUAUAUCUUGUAACGAAAAAUUUUAUAAAAUUUUUAGAGGAAUCAGAACCUUUGCUUUUGUAUGAUAACAGCAAUUAAUGUAUGUAGAUUUCAACAUAUGUUUUCCAACACAAAUGUGUUCGAUAUAUAUAUUCACCUAUUCACUGGUUAGCUGGUAAUAGCUCAAGACCUAAUAAAGAUAACGAUGAUAGUCUACCUGGUAUCGUAAUACAAACUCAGUUAUAUCAAGAAAGAACGAAAUAUGUCAUUAAAUACUGUGACGAAUAAUAAUGGAGCAACACCUAUACAUAGGCUGUAGUCGAGUAAAUAUAUGAGUAGUAGCGACACACUCAAAUAACAAGAAUUUUAAGGGUGUUAUUAGAAAGUGCAACAGUGACUAGGCUAGUUCGACAGUCUAGAAAACAAAAACAAAUCAACUGAUAAAGUUAGGGAUUUGUAUGCGUGUUCCUUUACGUAUAACUUUUGGUUCGGGUCAUGUUGAAAAAUUACAAACUAGGUUUUAAAGAAAUCGUUGCAUCAAAAGUAUUAUUCUUCAAAAGCCGUUAGUCUCACGUAGUUAGGUUGAAAGUCAGAUCACGGUGUACAAAUUUAUACGGUGCAUCCCUUAUUGCUCUCAGGGAAUUUUAGGUUGUCAUCCAUAUCAGUAUUUACAAAAUCAUGUUUGUCUGUCAAUUAAGACUGUCUCAUUGUUUCCACUCUUCAUAAUUACGAAAUAUCUUGACGUUCCCUACAAAGCAUCAAAUGGUUCUUCUUUUGAGUGUUACAAAGGGCGUUUAAAUGUCGUAACCCGGACGAAUAAAAAAUUACACAUACUUGGACAUUUUCUUGCAUGUUCUUUUAUGGGAGCUUUUCAUGGUGCCACAAGCUUUAUUUUGUUUAUAACCCUUGCUGUAUGUCCGUAAAAAGACAUUGCAUCCGCUUACACAGCUUCUCAUAUAGGAACCACAAGUGGUUUUAGAAUUGUUUAAUCAGUUUCAUUAAGUGGUUGUGCAGGUGUGCUUUUCACAUCUUGAUUAUUGGUCGGAUGCUAAGAGCGAUGCUAGGCAAACAUUUGAUCCAUUUGACGAUAUUCGGUUGAGACAUCAAUGAGCUCUUAAGUUUUUUUGUGAAUAUUCUCCGCAACACCAUUUGUUGCUGUAUGAUUAGCUAUUGUUGCAUACAAUGGACACCGACGAUGCGAAGAAAUCAGUCUAAUAGAUUAGAUUGAAGCUGUGACCCCAUGUCUACAGGAACUAUAAUAGGCAUACCAAAACUCGAAGCCCAUUUAUCUGGGAAGGUUUUCGGCCGAAAUAUCAUUUACAGGACAGGCAGCUGGUCAUAUAGUGAAUCAAUCAACUACUUUAAAUAUGUGGGCAAAACUGUGAGAUUAAGCCAGUAGUUCUACUAAAUCGACUUGAAUAUGUUUGUUUGCUAUUUUACAGUCAAUUUACUUGCGCACUUUGCUGCGUUGAGAUUUUAAGUAAUCCCAUGUCCAUUUCUUUAUUUCUAUGUUCACUUUAUUUCAAAAGAAUCUUGAUAUUAGCUAUACGGCAGCACGGAUUUUGGAGUGAGGCAACCAUUGAAAACCAGAAAUCGCUAGAGAGCUGUCUCGUCCAUUUAGAAGAUCCAGGUUUUCCAAAUGCGUAUUCAACACAGAGAGCUUCUAGUCACCUUUAUUUUCUAUCUCGUUUUAGAAUAGUCUCGGUAUUUUUAUAUCCAUUUUAAUGUCUCACCCAUUUAUCAAAUGCUAGUAAAUUCGUUUCACAUUUUAUCAUAUAAGUUAUCCAUAUAUAUGAGAUGAACAUCUCUUGUUUUUAAAUACCACUCGUUAAAGAGAUUUUAAAGCUUUUAUUUACUGUUCUACUUUUAGUAUGCUUGAUGAAGGAUUCCAGUCUGCUUCUUUAUCAUCUGAAAUUUCACAAGGAUCAUCCUACAAUCGAUCUGGUGAUAUAGAAAUAGGAAAUGACUUAAGUUCCAGUGUUGUCUUUUCAGCCGAUUUCCACAAAUUUGAUGAUUUAAAAAACUUAUUAGAUAACAACAAAGAUGCAGUGAAGUUAGGUGCAAUGAAACGGAUUAUUGAAAUGGUUGCCAGAGGUAAAGAUUGUUCUGAUCUAUUCUUAGCUGUAGUGAAGAAUGUGGUCUCAAAAAAUGCUGAGAUUCGAAAACUUGUCUAUGCUUUUUUAACUCAUUAUGCUGAACAAGAACAAGAUAUCGCUCUGUUGUCGAUAUCAACAUUUCAACGAGCAUUAAAGGAUCCUAACCAAUUAGUUCGAGCUUCAUCUUUACGUGUUUUAUCCUCGAUUCGUAUUCCACUUAUAUUGCCUAUUGUCACUUUAGCAAUUCAAGAUGCUUCAAAAGAUCUUUCUCCGUAUGUACGUAAAACUGCAGCUCAUGCCAUUUUAAAAGUUUAUAGUUUGGAUCCAACCGAAAAGGACACAUUGAUUGAAGUAAUUGAUCGUCUAUUAAGCGAUAAAACUACCGUGGUCGUUGGUAGUGCUGUACGUGCAUUUGAAGAAGUCUGUCCUGAACGUCUGGAUUUAAUACACAAGAACUAUCGUAAACUGUGUAAUUUAGUAAUGGAUGUGGAUGAAUGGGGUCAAGUCGUUAUAUUAUCAAUGCUUACACGUUAUGCUAGGACACAGUUUCCAAAUCCUGAAAAAUCAUUAAUCACAAUCGAAAACGAUAACUCUUCAACUCCUGCAAAUCUUUCAUCCAAUCAAUCAGAUAACGGUCAAUCCAAGUCGAUUCCGAUUUCAGGAAACGACAAUAAUCAUAAUUGUACAUCAUCAAAAUCAAAUACAACCAUUACUACACCUGAAAAAUCAACCCAAUAUUCCAUGUCUGAUGCUUUACCUAUACUUGAUGCUGAUCGAAAUGCACUUUUAAAUGCUUCACGAUAUUUAUUGCACAGUCACAAUUCUGCUGUUGUUAUGGCAUCUAGUCAAUUGUUAUUCUAUUUAAAUGCUAAAGAUGAUUAUCCAGCUGUAGUUCGUGCUCUAAUUCGAACACUACACCGUAAUCGCGAAGUUCAAUAUAUCGUUUUAAGUAAUAUAGCAAGUUUAAUAACAAUUGAACAUCGUAAUUUAUUCGAACCAUAUCUACGAUCAUUCUUCAUUUUUUCAACUGAUUCACUUCAAGUGAAAUUGUUGAAAUUAGAAAUUCUUAGUAGUCUAAUCACAGAAACAUCAAGUUCGGUUAUUCUUCGUGAAUUUCAAUAUUAUGUUAAUAGUUUCGAUGAGGAAUUUGUUACUGCGACAAUUCAAGCAAUUGGACGAUGUGCUAGCAUUGUUCCACAAAUAUCAGAUGUUUGUCUAGGUGGUCUUCUUCGAUUAAUGUCUAGACCGAAAGAAAAAAUCAUGGGCGAAUGCGUGAUUGUAUUAAGAAAAUUAUUACAAAUGAAAACAACUGAUCAUAAAGAAAUUAUUACACAUAUAGCUCAAUUAGCAGAUACUAUGACAAUUCCGACAGCUUUAGCAUCGAUAUUAUGGCUUCUGGGUGAAUUCAGUCAUCGUGUUCCAAAAAUUGCACCUGAUAUCUUGCGUAAAAUGGCUAAAUCUUUUACACAACAAGAAACUAUUGUUAAAUUUCAGAUUAUUAAUUUAGCAGCUAAAUUAUGCAUUGUCAAUCCGCGUCAAACACUUAUUCUAACACAAUAUAUCUUCAAUUUAGCUAAAUACGAUGCUAAUUAUGAUAUACGUGAUAAAGCACGAUUUUUAAGAGGUUUAUUAUUUCCACAAAUUAUAACAAAUCCAACUCUGAUUAGCGAUGAUAAUUCAUCAUCACCUGGGGUCCAUAAAAAUGCACUGAAACCAAAUAAUACUACUAAUAAUAAUAUUAGUAGUAAUACAUUUUUAUCUAAAAAUAUUCGUAAAAUCUGUUUAGCCACUAAACCGGCACCAAUAAUCAAAUCACAAUUUGAAGGUAGAUCCAACUUUCGUCUUGGUACAUUAUCGCAUAUUUUACAACAUCGUUUAUCAGGUUAUAGAGAACUUACCGAUUGGCCAACUAUCCCACCAGAUCCAUGGUCACGUGUUAUUGCAACACCUCUUCAAUCAACUGCUACUUCGAAUGAUAGUGAAUCUUCUGAAAUGAAUUCACCUAAAUCAUCUGUUCUACAUGUUAAACAUCGGAUAGAUGAAAAAAAGAAAGAUCGUUUUGGAAAUAUUUCUUUAAAUGAUUUCUUCUCAGAAACGGAAGAUGACGAAGAUGAUGAUGAGGAGGAGGAAGAGAAGAAUGAAGAAGAAGAAGUAGAUGAAUUAAUUGAUGAAAGAAAAGAAGGAAAUAAAAAAGCUAAACAUACAUCGUCUUCACUCUAUGGGAGUGGAAAUACUUCCAGCGAUGGUGAUGACAACGACGAGUAUACUAGCGAUGAAGAUCAAUUUAAAAAGAAUGAAGAAGCGACCGAUAAAGAUGAUAAUUAUGAUAGUGAAUCAGAUUCCGAUUUUGACAUAGAAUACUUGAUUCGAUCGAAACAACAGUUGUCUACUGUAAAAAAUCAUAGUAUUAAAGAACAAUCAUCCAAUUCAUCUAAUCUGUCCGAAUCUCAAUCUUCAUCAUUAUUACCAACUGAUGUUCCCGCUCCUGUUGCCAUUACUACUCUUAAUGACACCAUUACUUCCGAAUCAUUGAAGGAAGAUUCAUUCACUGGAGAAAAGUUUAUUCAUGAUAUUAAUGAAUUACAAAUUUCAAUGAAACAAGAUUUAAACAGUUGGCUAAACGCUCAAUCAUCAUCGUCUAAUGAAUCUGUUCAUGAUGCUGUGAUAAACGAGGAUAUUGAAAAACUUACUGAACAAUCAUUAGUAACUAGAAGUGAUUCUAAGCUCAACUGUGAUCAGCCAAGUUCAAAUUUCACAUCUGAUGACAUGAUUCAUACCCAUUCGAAUUCUAAAGAUACUUGUGAAGUAAAUAAUAAAGAAAACAAUGAUUCGUUGAAUACCUGUGAUCCUUCACUACAACAUUCAAAUGAUGAUUGUGUUAAUUUUCCGUUACAAAUUCAUAAUUAUUCACUUUUAUGGUUUACUCUAACUAAUCCACAUGAAAAUGAUAUAACUGGUCAAUUACAAUAUACUCGUAUAGUUUGGCCUAAUCAUCCGAAAUUAAUUGUAAUCAAUUUGAAAUUAUGUAAUCAAAAUGCAUGUGUAGAUUUGACAAAUAUUCAAUUUGAUCUAAUGAAUAGUGUAAUAGGUCGAUUAUUGGUUGAUGCUAAUCGAAUUCAGUCUUUCAGUCCAAUAGUACAAUUGAAACCUCAAUCAACAUGUACAGUACAAUUUGGCAUAGAUUUUGCUGGAUUUUGUGAUCCAAUUGAUUUAGAUCUUAUUUAUGAAAUGAAAUUAAAUGAUUCAUUAAAUCAUGAAUUAUUACAUAGAUGGAGAAUUUGUUUAAAUCCACCAGCAUCAGAAUUAAUACGACCUAUUCAUUUAAAUGAAAAAGAAUAUUUUGACGAAAGAUCUAAACUUAUAUUAAGUCGAUCAUUUUAUCAUAAUCAUAUAGUAACUAUAAUUAAUAAUAAUAAUAAAGGGAUAUGUCAAUCUGAAUUGUUAUCCAAAUUAAUAACUCAUCUUUUACAACAUAUUAAUAUUCAAUAUCAAUUUCAUAAAAUACACACAAAUCAUAAAUAUAUUGUAUGUAAUGAUAUACAAUUACAUGAGAAUAUGAACUGUUAUUCUAAUGGAAAGUCAACAACGACAACAACAACAGCAAUGAUGAUGAUGACGACGCCAACGGAGACGACGACGACAACAACAACAACGGAUAUCAACAAUCCUCAUAAUCAAACAUCAUAUAUCACUAUAUUUUUAACUGGUCAAACAAUAUCUGAUAAUCAAUUAUGUUUAUUAGAAGUUUCAUAUUGGUUAAAUACUCUUUUUAAAAAUGAUUCAUUUUCAAUAAAUUUAAGUUUAUUUUGUAAUUCAUCUAAUUUAUUUCGUAAACAUUUAUCAUUAUGUAUUGAAAAAAUAUUAUCAACAUUAUAAUAUUGAUGAAGGUUUAAGGUGUUUUCUUGUUGUUGUUGUUGGUGGUGGUGGUGGUGGUGGUGGUGUUCUUUGGGGGGGUUGUAUUAUUAGGGACUUUCUAUUCAAUGUUGUUUAAACAUUCCAAUUGAUUUGAUCUUUUUUCUUUUCUGUUUUUUUUUGUGCUACGUUUUGCGCUCAUUUUAAAUAUAUUCAUUACUUCAUGUAUAUGUUUGUGUGUAGUUUUUUAUUUGUGAAUUUGUUUAUUUAUUUAAUCAUGUGCAAUUGGAUGAGUUAUUUUGUUGUUGUUGUUCUUCUUCUUCUUCAAAAUUUAGGACAAAGUAUAAUUUUCCAAUAAAUUAUGUGAUAAAAGAUGUAUUCUUUAAGUAUAUUUGAUAUGCUCCGAACGUUAUUGCUACCUUGACCUAGUGAUCGGGUUUACCUAUCGUGAUAAAGCAACUGAGCUAUACUGGCUGGAACAACCGUUCCUCAAGGUCCUACCAUGCCAGAUAGGUCGGUUGAACAGCGGUAAGACUAAAAGCAACAAAACCUAGGUCCGAAGGCGAAGUCGUACUGCUGACUGUACAGAGGUGUGACAGCAGUAAGGUGUUUCCUUCAGACAACCAGCAUGACAGCGAUGCUGCCUUCCCACAAGGAGAGGUGGGGUUAGAAAAUGUCAACCCUAAAAAUGCACACCUCGGCUUAUUCCACGGAUAUCCGU